AUGCUAGUUAUGUAUAGGGUGGGUGGUUUAACGGCAUUGGCAGUGGGUUGGUAUGCGGCGAAACAAGGCACUAGCGUGAUGGGACGUUACGUUGAGGCAAGACUCGGCAAGCCAUCGCUGGUCAGAGAUACGUCCAGAAUAACGCCGUUGGAGACGUUGAAACAUCCCGUGCGAACGAUGCAAACUCUGUUCAGAAAGGCUGAUGACCCGUUGAAAGGAGUCGUGUUGAGUGUGCGUUUUGAGUGCGUUUCGUUUUGA